UGAUACUGGUAUAUAAGUUCUUUCGUGACCUGUGUACCGACAAUAGGCACGGUAUGUAAAUAACCAGCCAAUUCCAUAAUUUCCCAUUCAAGUCUUGCCCUGAACCUUCUUCAACCGGUUAUCCAAACUCAACCAUGACUACAAACAAAUCCAACGCCAAUAUGGUGUCUUCUAACGCCAGUGGCCAUACCUCUGGUCACAACGCCGGAGAAAACGUCAAUGACGCUGUCAAGGUUGCCAGCGACAAGGUUCAAGGAGCCAGCAAGAUCAUCCGCGGCAACAUCAAUACCUUCGUCGACAGUGCGGCCAACACCAAGGCAAAAGAGGGGGAGAACGAGCGGUUGUCACAGCAAGGUCAUGACCAGUGGGAGGGGAAACGGGAGCCGACGGGGGUCUUUGGUGAGAGCAAGGGAAUCGAUACAGCGUAUGCGAAUGGCAGAAGAACCUAGGAAGGACUUUAGAGAGCUAGAGGAACUGGAAACGACCCGAAUGAUACCAGAUGGCAGUAUGAUGAGAAACGGAUAUCAUGUAGUGUCAAAUGAGAUUUAUACGCCGCCUAUCCGGAGUAGAAUU